AGCAAAUCAACUAUUUUACACAAAUCCGGGAACGAUUCUUAACGGAAGAACGAUUCAAAUCCAAACCCGUGAAAUUUCAUUCUAAUUUUCUUCAUUAUUAGAGCAAUUUAAUCUUCAAAACGCAGAAAUUAAGGCCUAAUUAAUGUUUCCUAAUUCCUAUUACGCAUAACUCUUUUAAUCAAACGACCACCACCUUCCGCUACUGCGUACGUCUCAACGCCCCCCUCACGCCGCCUUGCAGAAGGUGGAUGCCGCCCAGUGCCGCUUGCUUUCAAGAAGAACACUGCAGAGGUCGGCUACCUGUUAUAGACUACAAAUAUUCUUCUGUUUGGUUCAUGUUCAUGAAGUUUACAUGUUUGAGCAAAGGUGGGGGUAGCCACUUUCCACCGUGUCAUAUACUAGAUGUAUGUGGGUUCAGGGUCUUACUUGAGUGCCCAUUGGACCUUUCUGCUCUCGCAAUCUUUGCUCCUUUUCUAAAUGAUCGUCACUCCAUAGUACCUGAAGAAACUUCGGAUUAUGCAACUCAUAAGUCCUUGGAUGCAGAAUAUGUAGCUCAAAAGAGGCAGAAAGUUGAGAAACCCCUUGAUGCUAAUGAUUUAAUACAUGCAGAGCCAUGGUACAAAACUGUUAACAACUUGCACCUGUGGAAUGUUUCUUUCAUUGAUGUUGUGUUGAUUUCCAGCCCAAUGGGUAUGGUUGGAUUGCCAUUUCUUACUCGAAUGAAGGGAUUUUCUGCUAAGAUAUAUGUAACUGAAGCAACAGCUAGACUUGGGCAGCUUAUGAUGGAGGAUCUUGUUUCAAUGCAUAUGGAAUAUAAACAAUACUAUGGAUCUGAGGGUUCAAGUGACCCUCAAUGGAUGAAGUGGCAAGAGAUUGAACUCCUUCCAUCUUCUCUCAGGAAGAUAGCUUGUGGUGAAGAUGGGGCAGAACUAGGAGGCUGGAUGCCCCUGUACAGUGCAGCUGAUGUGAAGGACUGCUUGACAAAGGUUCAAACAGUUAGAUAUACUGAAGAAGCAUGCUACAAUGGGGAGUUGAUCAUAAAGGCAUUCAGCUCUGGUUCAGAAAUAGGUGCAUGCAAUUGGAUAAUAAAUGGUCCAAAAGGAAACAUAGCAUACGUUUCUGGUUCCAUUUUUGCUUCAGAUCAUGCAAUGAAUUUUGAUUACAGUGCUCUUCAAGGGAGAGAUCUGAUAUUAUAUUCAGACUUCUUCUCCCUCGACACGACAGAAGAAAUGGAUGAGUCAGCUUUCAGUGAUGAUAAUGACAAAUGGGAAGCUCUGACCAAAUCGUUGCGUAGAGGUGAUGAGAAUUUAGAGGAAAGGGAGAAACUAGCUUUUAUUUGCUCCUGUGCCAUUGAUUCUGUUAAAGCUGGUGGUUCAGUCCUUAUUCCUAUUAAUGGGCUUGGAGUUGUUCUGCAGUUUUUGGAGCAGAUUUCAAUGUUCCUGGAAUCCUCAAGCCUGCAGGUUCCAAUAUACAUUAUCUCUUCUGUAGCAGAAGAAUUGUUGGCAUACACCAGCAUCAUACCAGAGUGGCUAUGUGAUAAACGGCAAGAGAAGCUUUUUUCUGGUGAGCCAUUGUUUGCUCAUGUCGAGCUUCUAAAAGCAAAGAAGAUUCAAGUAUUUCCUGCAGUUCAUUCACCUAAACUACUAACAAAUUGGCAGGAACCAUGCAUCGUAUUUUCUCCUCACUGGAGUUUGCGGCUUGGUCCCGCCAUGCAUUUGCUCCGGCGGUGGUGUGGGGAUCAAAACUCUUUGCUUGUUCUGGAGGACAAAGUGGAUGCCAAUAUAGCCCUCUUGCCUUUCAAGCCAAUGUCAAUGAAGGUUCUUCAAUGUUCAUUUAUCCCUGGAAUAAAGUUGCAGAAAGUUCAACUUAUGCUGAAGGCACUUCAGCCAAAAUUUGUUCUGUUCCCUGAGGAAUUGAGGAGUCAUUUUAUUACUUCAAAUAUAAAUUCAUUCUCAGUUUCUCACUAUUCGGAAAAUGAAACAGUAUGCAUACCAAGUUUGAAAGAAAGUGUAGAGGUAGAGAUUGAAGCCAACUUAGGUUCCCAGUUCCAGUGGAGAAUUUCGAAACACAAAAACCUGAAUAUCACGAGAUUAAAGGGAGAGCUAUUGGUGGCUCACAACAAGCAUCAGUUACUCUCCAGAAAGGAACUGGCAGGCUCCUCAAAGAAUAUGUCCUUGCUACAUUGGGGUUCUCCAGAUCCAGAAAAUCUUUUGGCAGCAUUGUCCAAGAUGGGUAUUAAUGGAAAUCUAGAACGAAGCAUGUCAGAUGCUGAAUCAGGCGAGGCUUUUAUUGUACAUAUUAAAGAUCCAAAACGAGCUACAAUUGAAGUCGGAGCUGCUGGUACUGUUAUAAGUGCUGCUGAUGAGAAUUUAGCCUCCCAAGUUUUUGAAGCUUUAGGAAGCAUCCUGGACGGCAUUUAGUUUGGCGAUUCUCAUAUGUAUUUCUAUGUAUUAUAUCUGAUAUACAAAUAGUGAUACUUUAUAAUCAGGUGUGUUUGUUCACUGAGUUGUUUAAGUGAUGCUAAUUGGGUAUCUUCAAAACACUGCAGUUGAUUUCUUAAAUUUUGACCAUUCAAAGAGAUUCUGUUA